AUGAUAACGACCCUGCUCGAAGGUCCCGUCUUGGAAGCGGGUUUGUCCGAGGCCGUGACGUUGGUUCUUGAACCACUGCCCACAGUAAGCCAGACCAUCAGUACGUUCGCAGACACCGAAGCCGUGUCUAGUAUCGGAGAGCCAUUCGCCGGAAUACACCUCUACGGUAUCGUCAGAGACAAGGUCCAGUUCCAGCUACCAAAGAGCAUUAUAAGCAUGCUCUUAAAUUAUCAGGCAGUCAGGUAA